GGUCAAACCCCACGUGGAGAUUUCAUUCAAUCAGGGAACAAUUCCACUGCUGCCGAUUUUGUAUUGAAAUUGUACAUGUGUAUAUAUAAUUUGGUAAAUGCAAAUAGGGACGUGUAACCUGCACGGGCCGUUUUAAAAACGUGCUGUUUGAACAAUUGAUUAACAUCCAAAACACGAUUAUUUUUGUCUCGUAACAACAACAACAAAGGCGUUUUCAUUUCGAGUGAUCAGAAUGUUUUUUUAUUGAUUGAGAGCUUUGUUGCUUUUUAAGCUUGUUUUACGGAUGUGGAACUGCAACAGAGUGAUAAAUACUGGAUGUCACACGGCCUUGUUUUCAUCUCGUGCGCUUUAUUUUUUAUACACAACUCCUUGUGUGUGUGUGUGUGUGUGUGUGUGUGUGUGUGUGUGUGUGUGUGUGUGAGAGAGAGAGAGAGAGAGAGAGAGAGAGAGAGAGAGAGAGAGAGAUCAUUUAGAUUAGAUAGACCCCCCUCCUCAUCCUCACUUGCACGCCGCGGGAGGGAUUUGCGUGUUUCCCACAAGAAAAGAUGUCUCAAAUGUCCCAUUGAAAAGGCGGCGGUGGUUUUAGCAAAAGAAGGAAAGAAGGAGGGAAGGAGCGGGACAGCGGGCGAGACAAAAGAUCCUGCGGCUGCUCUGAGUGUCGGAGACUCGGCUUCUCCUCGGUGGCACCGCGAUUUGCAAGCCAUCUUACUUCUUAUUUGCAGUUUUUAUUCUUCGACUUGGACCCAAGUACAGAUCAGUGUGGAGAACAUCUGCUUACCUGAGAGGAGACCAGACGCAUCUUUAUUACAGCCGCUGAUACACACACAAGGAGCUAAUACACACACACGGUGCUGAGGCUCGGCGAGAAACAGAACAAAGAGAGUUGGCGUGAGGAAAUGAGUCCAGCUUUAGUCCAACACUGAAACGAGGACAAAUGCACUUGUGAGCUCUGAGAUCCCCCCCAAACUCACUCUUCUGUUUUCUGCAACAAAAACACUGGAAGAACACCGCAAAACCACAACACACCAUGUUCCCACAAAACCGACCACCGCAGGCAUCUCUCCAGCCACCCCCCGGGGCCUCGGCUUCAGCGGCAGCUGCGGCGGCGGCGGCGGCUGCAGCAUCAGGAACAGCUCAGUCUUUAAAGCUCACUUACCCUGAGACCCUGGACCGGAUUAAAGAAGAGUUUCAGUUCCUUCAGACUCAGUACCACAGCCUAAAGCUUGAGUGUGAGAAACUGGCCACGGAAAAGACGGAAAUUCAGAGGCACUAUGUGAUGUACUAUGAAAUGUCCUAUGGCCUGAACAUUGAGAUGCAUAAACAGACAGAGAUUGCUAAGCGGUUGAAUGUGAUCUGUGCGCAGCUCAUCCCAUUUCUCUCACAGGAGCAUCAGCAGCAGGUGGUUCAGGCCAUGGAACGCGCCAAACAGGUGACUAUGGGGGAGUUGAAUGCGUCGAUAGGGGUACGUGGACUCCCCCCUCUGCCUCCCACACAACAGCUACAGGCUCAGCACCUUUCCCAGCAUGCUGCCCAGGGUUUACCCAUGGCCCCUCACCCAUCGGGUUUGCCCCACCCAGGACUGGCUUUGGGGGGCAGCUCGGGCCUGCUGGCUCUCUCAGGGGCACUCGGGGCACAGCUGGCUGCUAAGGAUGAAAGGGCACAUCUGGAGGCUGUAGCGGCGGCGGCAGCGGCCGCUGCUGAGCACCACCGGGACCGCGAGGCAGGACCAAGCUCCUUAUCAAAUGGAGACAAAGGGCGGACAUCAGACUACCUCAGCAAUGGAAAGAAAAGGAAAUCAGACGAGAAAGAAUUUACAGAUUAUGGUAGCGAUGCUGACAAGAGUGAUGACAACUUGGUAGUGGAUGAGGACCCUUCGUCUCCACGCAGUGUGCACUCGUACUCCUCCAGAGAGAACGGUCUGGACAAACUGCCCCUAUCCAGGAAAGAGCCUCUGCCUCAGGCAAGCCCCACCUCCCUGACAUCCUCCUCCAGCAGCGCCUCUCCUUCUCGCAGCAAAGAGCCUCCCUCAAGAGAGAAGUCUAGUACCCCGGGGCUGAAACCAGGCACUCCCAUGUCUCAAGAUUCCGCCACGCCCGGCCCCAGCGGCCCGCCCCAAUUCCGCCCUGUCCCAGGCAAAGCAGGUGUGGACCCCCUGGCGCUGGGUGUGAGGAACCCUCUGGCAGUGCAGGGUGUGUAUCCUCCUGGUGCUUUCGGUUUGCCGCCUCCGGGGGUGAACGGCGAGCUUGCUGGAGCGGCUGCAGCAUAUGGCGCUGGACUCCACCUCGUCUCGCCACAGAUGAACGGCUCUGCCGCUGUAGCUGCUGCUGCUGCCGCCGCCGCCGCUGCUGGAUACGGACGCUCCCCUGUGGUGGGUUAUGAGUCUCCUCACCCACACAUGAGGGUCCCUGGCUUGCCUGCUAGCCUCCAGGCUGCAGCCUCAGGAAAGCCUGCAUACUCGUUCCACGUGAGUGCAGAUGGACAGAUGCAGCCUGUACCUUUCCCUCCUGAUGCUCUCCUGGGCCCUGGCAUCCCGCGCCAUGCUCGCCAGAUCCAUACACUCAGCCAUGGAGAGGUGGUGUGUGCCGUCACCAUCAGCACCUCCACACGCCACGUCUACACUGGUGGCAAAGGCUGUGUCAAAGUGUGGGACAUCAGUCAGCCAGGCAGCAAGAGCCCCAUGGCCCAACUGGACUGUCUGAACAGGGACAACUACAUCCGCUCAUGCAAGCUGCUCCCAGAUGGGAGAACUUUGAUAGUUGGAGGUGAAGCCAGCACUCUGUCUAUAUGGGAUUUAGCCACGCCCACUCCACGCAUCAAGGCGGAGUUGACCUCCUCGGCUCCAGCGUGCUACGCUCUGGCCAUCAGUCCAGACAACAAGGUCUGUUUCUCCUGCUGCAGCGACGGCAACAUCGUGGUGUGGGACCUUCACAACCAGACACUCGUCAGGCAGUUCCAGGGCCACACUGAUGGGGCCAGCUGCAUCGACAUCUCCAACGACGGGACCAAACUGUGGACUGGGGGCCUCGACAACACGGUGCGCUGCUGGGACCUGAGAGAGGGCCGACAGCUCCAGCAGCACGACUUCACCUCCCAGAUCUUCUCCCUGGGCUACUGUCCUACAGGAGAGUGGCUGGCAGUGGGGAUGGAGAGCAGUAAUGUGGAAGUGCUGCAUGUCUCCAAACCAGACAAGUACCAGCUGCACCUUCACGAGAGCUGUGUGCUGUCACUCAAGUUCGCCUACUGCGGCAAAUGGUUUGUCAGCACAGGUAAAGAUAAUCUUCUGAACGCCUGGCGAACUCCGUACGGCUCCAGCAUAUUCCAGUCGAAGGAGUCCUCAUCAGUUCUCAGCUGCGACAUCUCACCUGAUGACCAGUUCAUUGUGACUGGUUCAGGAGACAAGAAGGCCACUGUGUACGAAGUCAUUUACUAAAACGACUGUAGACUGGAUCCCGGAACAACAGAAGUGGCGUGAGAAGAGCGGAAGAACGGAACCCAAGGUCCGACAUUGACUUCUGAACAGAAUGGUGGACAUGGAGUUGGAGAAAGCGUCUACGCUUUUUUUGGUUUGAUGUCCAUUAGGGACAAGCAUUGAGGGAGGACUGAACAGGAGCUUCAGAACAGGACUGACCUUGUUGUUUUUUUAAUGCUGUGAGAAAGCUAGCUUCAGAGAUGCGGGAUUCCUCCAAAGACUUCUCUUUUGCUUUAUUGUUUUUCUUUUGUUCUUUUUUAACAAGAUGAAUUCUCUGUAGUGAAUGAAAUAGCAAAGAGAAUAUUUUUUUUAGCCUGUGGAAAAAAAUUAUUCCAUGUGGAAACGGACAGUCGAGGAGCAGCAGUGCACUGAGAAGGUACAGGGUGUUUUGAGAGAAGAGACUAUGACUAUAUCUGUCAUUUCUUUUCAUCCAGUCUGUUUUGAUGGCCUUGAGCAUCUAAAAAUGAUCUCAGUAAGUAGCAGUACGACUGUAUACAUGACAUGGGGACAGGUUUGGGCUAAGACUCAUGGUUUUUUUCUACAACUUCAGGGAGAUGGUCACAUUAGCACGUUUCUUGUGUAUGCUGUACGUCUGCUCACAAUGACCAGCAUUUUGGUUUUGUUGGAUAAUUUGUGUGUAUGAACUGUAAAUAAAGCUCCUUAAAAGCAAAAAAAAAAAA